AUGAAGAACCUGGCCAUGUCGUGUUCGCUGGUCAGCUUGAUCCUGGUUGGCGCGAGCGCGCUGGUCGGCGGCUUCGGCAUCUGCAAGCGGCAGUUGUCCGCCGUCAUGGUCACCGGCGUGAUGUUCAUACUCGCUGCCGUGUUCGCGACGUUCACGAGCUGCUUCAUGCACUUCAAGCGCACCGUGCCCCAGGGCGUGCUGACGGGCACCGACUUCGACCAGGGCCUGCCUUCCGAGUUCCUUCGCAGUCGCCGCUUCGCCCGCGACUGGGCCGCUUCGCUGUCCUGGCUGGGAAUCGCCCUGUGCCUCUUCACCUCCAUCUUCUGGCUCAUUCUGGCCAGGAUCAUGCGAUUCUGAAGGGGCCC